AUGGACAUUAAUAGUCCUCACUUAUCGGCUAGAUUCUCAUCAUCUAGCGCUAUAUUAUCAUCUGAUGAAAUUCGACUCACAUUUGCAUCUGAAUUCUCAAAAAGGUUAUCAUCAUUAGAUCUACUGAUAAUCGGAACACGAUUUGUGUUUCUUAUAUAUGGCAGCCCAGUUGUAUUAUCUGAUGGCUUUGUGGCAAAUAAUCCAUUUCUUGGAUUGAAUCUUCUUGAGUAUCGGAUAGGGAUAG